AUUGAUCCUCGCUCCACCGCCCCCACCCCGUACCCGGGUCUCGGACCAGUCCGCCAGGGCCUGCCCCCCGUGGUUCGACGUGGGCCCCGUCGGGUGUCUGCUGGGGACCGGAGCGGGAGGGGCAGCUCCUCAUCCCACCUCCAGGAAGUCAAAGUGCAGGAGGGAGGGCGGACUCGGGGAGGCGGGGCUCGGUGCCACCGAGGAGCCGAGUGGACCCGCAGCCCCCCACCCCUACCCCGCCUCAGAUCCGGGAUCCCAGAGCUGGACGCGGUGUCCGCGCGCUCUCUCGGCCAGAUGGCGGACCCCCGCGCAGAUCCUGAAUCAGAGUCCGAAUCCGUGUUCCCGCGGGAGGUGGGGCUCUUUGCCGACUCUUACUCGGAGAAGAGCAGCUUCUCUUUCUGUGGGCACGUGCUGAGCAUCACACAGAACUUCGGCUCCCGCCUUGGAGUGGCCGCGCGAGUGUGGGACGCGGCUCUGAGCCUGUGCAACUAUUUCGAAAGUCAAAAUGUGGAUUUCCGAGGCAAGAAAGUGAUCGAACUGGGCGCGGGGACGGGCAUCGUGGGGAUCUUGGCUGCGCUGCAGGGGGGGGAUGUUACCAUCACUGACCUGCCCCUGGCCCUAGAGCAGAUCCGGGGCAACGUCCAGGCCAAUGUGCCGGCUGGAGGCCGGGCCCAGGUCCGCGCCUUGUCCUGGGGGAUUGACCAGCAUGUCUUCCCCGGAGACUAUGACCUGGUGCUGGGGGCCGAUAUCGUGUACCUGGAGCCCACCUUCCCGCUGCUGCUGGGCACCCUUCAGCACCUAUGCGGGCCCCAUGGCACCAUCUAUCUGGCCUCCAAGAUGAGAGAGGAGCAUGGGACAGAGAGCUUCUUUCAGCAUCUCCUCCCCCAGCAUUUCCAACUGGAGCUGGCCCAGCGGGAUGAGGAUGAAAAUGUCAACAUCUAUAGGGCCAGGCACAGGGAACCAAGACCUGCUUGACAUCACCCUUCUGUUCCUCUGAACCCCUUGUCCUAAGAAAGAAACUGCCAUAUCUCCAAAGCCAUAAACACAAGGAAGAAAAGUAUGGGUUUCCCUCGCCUCUCUCUUUCCUCCUUUUUUGUCCCCCCCCCCCCCCCCCC